CAUCACCCCCACCCACCCCUUUCCCAAUUUAAGGUAUAAAUCCUCUUCCCCUUUGCCCCCACAUCAUAGCUGUCAAGUUUUCCCUUUUCUUGCGAGGAAGCCUAUUCAGCAUAAGAGAAUUUCCCUUUUAAAAAAGGGAGAACUUGACAGCUAUGCCCCACAUAUAGAGGUAUUCAUGUUAAAAUUUGGCGGGGGUGGGGGUACUGAGCCCGUUUUCCCUCCUCCCCACUUGCCCUCCCAUCAACCCCACCCACCCCUUUCCCAAAUUAAGAUGUUGAAGCCUCUUCUCUUCGCCACCCCCAGCAUAGAGAUAUGUAUGUAUUUGAUGAUAUAUACACACUUUGGGGGGCCUGAGCCUCUGUUCUCCCUCCAUGCCUCUCACCCAUUCCUCACAUUCCAGCUCCUUUUCAUCAAAUUCAUGCUCACCCCUUCCCAAAUUUAAUAUAUUUAAUACUCUUCUCUCACCCGCCCCCAUUUUAAAGCUGGUUUUAAGGGAGGGUUGAUCAUAUCUGGGUGGAGGUGGGGAUCAUAGAAUUGUUGAGUUGGAAAGGGACCAUGAGGGUCAUCUUGUACAACCCCAACAAUGCAGGAAUCUGUUGCCCAAUGUGAGGCUCAAACCCAUGGCCUCAAAAUUAAGAGUCCCAUGAUGGGUAAGGGGAACCUCCUGUGCUCAGGGUUCAGUGCAUUUCAACAGACCAGAUCCUGGAGAUUGGCAGUGUUGGGCUGGUGAUGGUGAUGUUGCUUUCAGGCCCUGCUUCCUGAGGGAUGCUGGGCUAGGUGUGUCUUUGCUCUGAUCUAGCCGUGUUCUUGUGCUUUCUCCUCCAUUGUUUGUAUUCCAUCUCUUAGGACUCCUCCACCUCCAAUCCCUAAGAUGAGUUCUGGAGUCAUAGAAAUUGGAGGGAGGACCUUGACGGGUUCUAGCCCUGCUCCUCACUCAGUGCUUAAAAUCUAGUGCUAGAGCAUCUCCCAACGGCUGGCUGGCUGUCGUUUCCAUCUCUCUUGAUCUCAAUUUGUGGUAUCCAUUCUUAGCUCCGACCCGGCCCCAAUACUGGGUGUUUUGUUUUAGGUGAGACUGAAUACCCUCCUUCCUUCCUAAUCUAGAUCAUCCAUCCUUUCCCCCGCACCCCAUUCCAUCUUCAGUUACACCUUUUGACCAGAAGUCAACAUUCCCUUCUUUAAAUAUAGGCUUUUUCCUCACACACUUUUUUCUCCCCAAAGCCCAGGAGUUGUGCUGAUAAUCAUUAUUAGCCCCUUGCACUUCUUUCUACAGUAAGUAACAUUUAAGGCUCCCUUGCUUGGUUUGGGCAUCAACUAUUAAUCCAGUUAUCCAGCCAAUGAUACGCUUAUCUAGUGCUUUACCUCUCUCCUGGUCCAGAAACUUUCCACAUUCAGCAAGCCUCCUCCCCACCUCCAGAAGCAGCUUCCCUUGUCUUCCCUUAUCUGGAACACAAAUUGGAAGGAUCUUAAAAGUGCCUUUUAUCAUUUUCUCCUCUCCUUGCCACUCCUUAGACCAAAUGGGCACAUCAUAAUGAAGCAGCUGUGCCCAUUGUUCACCUAAGGGUCUUAUUGGGAAAUUUCUUCCCAGGUAGGUUUGUUUCCUGAGAGUUUUGGAAGGCUUUUCCAAGAGAGCCAGAAUAUUCUUAUGCCUCUGCACAGGUUUAGACAGUUGAAGCAAAAUGUAUGUUCAGACUGCUUCCUGAUUAUCCCAGUCAAAAAGCUUGUGUUCUCCCCCCCCCCUUCAAUAGAUGAAAACUCAUUGGUUGCUUUUAUGACACCUGUAAGGUGGUUGGAAAGAGGAGUAUAGUAAUUCCGGUUUUCCUCUGGGCAUUUAGAUAAAUGGAUGCUCUGACUUAGGCUGGAUGGUGACCCUUCAACUCCUCAGAGGGGACAGCGUGUGCUGUUGGUGCAGAACUUGAGCAUCUCUCUGCAAGAAUUGAACACAUUGGGGGUGGUAUUUGGCAGGCCUGGUCACAUGGCCCUGGUGGGCGUGGUGUAAUUUUCUGGUGCACUUUCUGUUUGAAUCUUGUACUUUCUGAAUUAUAAGGCUCAGCGUACUGGGGCUUCCUCCCAUCUUUCUUUUCAGCCAUUUGUUCUGAAUGGUUUCUAGGAGAGCUUUCUAUUUGUGUUGCUAAAUCAAUAAACUACAAUACUGGUCUCUCUGUAUAGAAGUGGAAAGCUGUUUUGCCCUGCCUGAAGGAGAUAAACUGAUGGCAAUACCUGAGGUGUGAAAUACUGACUCCUGAAAUAAUCAUUUAACUUCUCUCCAAAACAUCUUGCUGUUCUCUUUGUAUACCUUGGGAUCACUGGCGGAAAGGGUUUGUGUAUGGAAGAAAGUCUCUUUCUCUUUUAACUGUACUGUAAUUGUGGUUUUUUGAACAUUUAUCUUUGGGUCUUCAAGUUAAUGUUGCAAAGAGGGAACUUUAAUAACUGGUAUGACCAGGCCAGUGUUUCCCAAACUUUUGGUGAUGGGUGCACUUUUUUUUCUUGAUUGAAAAUUGUAGGCAUGCUUCUUUCACACACAAGUAAACCUUUGGAGGAGCCUUGUCUGCAAUUGUGGGAGUCACUGGUGACAGUACAAACUAUUAACACUAAGCAUGAUAUAAACUGGCAACCCUAUUGUCGAACGUUUCUUGACUUAUUGGUUGGUUGAAGCUUGUGGUUCCAUCCUUUUUUCCCCUCAGGCUUCCUGUCUUGCAUUUAACACUCUGUAACCAGAUUUGUCAGGACAAGAGAUAAGAAGGCUGAGAUUCUGCCAUUCUUCUGCCUGCCUAGAAACUGCAACCAGAGAGCAAAAGCAGAUUAAGAAUCUUGGAAGGAGAGGUCAUCUGUUACUGGGGGUACUGAGACAUCCUGCUGAAGUGGAAUAAUCCCCAAAGAACCCAAAGAUCUUCGGAACAGCAAAGACUCCCUUUCCAUGCCAUUCUGCUUCUCUGCUAACGGGAAAGUCGGUGUUCUGGUUUGUGGCCUUCUGCCGAGCCUCCAGACUUGAGGUUGAAACCAUGUGAGGGGUCCUUCCCCCACCCCACCCCAAACCCUGGUGCUUUCUUGACCCCAUUGUGGGUGAGUUGCCGCCGAGCCUGAGGUGCCAGCCACCAUGAUGUUCCGGGACCAGGUGGGCAUCCUUGCUGGCUGGUUCAAAGGUUGGAAUGAAUGUGAGCAGACGGUGGCCCUGCUGUCUCUCCUCAAGCGUAUCUCUCGCACUCAAGCCCGCUUUCUGCAGCUGUGCCUGGAGCACUCGUUGGCAGAUUGCACAGAGAUCCACGUUCUGGAGUCAGAGGCCAACAGUGCGGCUGUCAUCAGUCAGUGGCACCAAGAGCCCAAGGAUAAAGUAGUCUCCCUGCUCCUCUCCCACCUGCCUCUCCUCCAGCCUGGCAACACAGAUGCCAAGUCCGAGUACAUGAAGCUCUUGCAGAAGGUGCUGGCCUACUCCAUCGAGAGCAACCUCUUCAUCGAGGAGAGCCGGCAGCUCCUCUCCUAUGCCCUCAUCCACCCGGCCACCACGCUUGACGACCGCAACUCCCUGGCCCUGUGGCUCAACCACCUCGAGGAACGCCUCUCCAGCGGCUACUCCGGCCAGAGCAGGGGGCGGCCCGACACGGCCUACCACUCGCGCCAGGGCUCGGACGAGUGGCAGGGCCCCGUAGACACGGGCCUCGGAGACCUGGGGCACGGCUGGCAGGAGAAGCCACCACGGGAAAAUGGGCACAUGUCCUUCCAUUCCUCUGGCUCUGUGCCGUCGGCCAUCAACAGUAUCGGGAGCAACGCAAACACAGCUCUCCCCUGCCAAAUCCACCCCAGCCCGCUGAAGCGCUCCAUGUCCCUCAUCCCCACCAGCCAGCAGGUCCCCAGCGAGUGGAUGAACGUGGACGAGAUGGGCGCCCGGCCAGCCUUCAUCCCCGGCGGGGAGCAUGCUCCCCUCUCGCCCCAGAGCAGCGUGGCCUCAUCAGGCAGCGAGCAGACGGAGGAGCAUUCUGGCAGUCGAAACACCUUUCAAGAGGAGGGCAGCGGCAUGAAAGAUGUCCCCUCGUGGCUGAAGAGUCUUCGCCUCCACAAAUAUGCAGCCCUCUUCUCCCAGAUGACCUAUGAAGAGAUGAUGACCCUCACAGAGCAACACCUGGAGUCGCAGGUACUGCACAAGAACGUCACCAAAGGAGCGAGGCACAAAAUUGCCUUGAGUAUCCAGAAGCUGCGGGAAAGGCAGAGCGUCCUGAAGUCUCUGGAGAAGGACAUCUUGGAAGGUGGGAACUUGUGGAACGCCCUCCAGGAACUGCAGCAGAUCAUCAUCACCCCCAUCAAGGCCUUCCACGCCCUGCAGGCCAUGGCAGCGUCCAAGGAGGGCCAGCAACAGCUGCCGUCAGAGCAGCGCGGAGCCACCAAGCUGUGUCUGGACAAGAGUGGCAACCCUUCCGAGGACAAGGACUCGGCCACCGACACCUUCCUGCCCCCGACAGGCUCCCCUUGUGAUGGGGAGUCGGGGGCGGCGCCCAUCGCCGAGGGGGACAUCGCAGGGCAGUUCACCCGGGUGAUGGGCAAAGUGUGUACGCAGUUGCUGGUCUCCCGACCGGACGAGGAGAACAUCACCAGCUACCUUCAGCUGAUAGAGAAAUGCCUGAUGCACGAGGCAUUCACAGAGACACAGAAGAAAAGGCUCCUGUCCUGGAAGCAGCAGGUGCUAAAGUUGCUCCGGACGUUUCCCAGGAAGGCUGUGCUGGACAUGCAAGGCUACCGUCCACAGAAAGGAUGGGCCUUUGGUUCCAAUUCUCUCCCCAUAGCUGGAUCUGUGGGGGUGGGGGUGGCCCGCAGAGGACAGCGGCAGUUCCAGAUGCCCCCCCGCGCCAUUCCUCCCAGCCGCCUGGGGAUCCUGAGCCCUGCAGGGAUCGGCGGAGUCUCCCCUCGGCAUGCUCUCACCAGCCCAAACCUUGGGAGCCAAGGACGGCAGAACCUGUGGUUUGCCAACCCUGGGGGCAGCAACAGCAUGCCGGGCCAGAGUCGCAGUUCUGUCCAGCGGACCCAUUCGCUCCCCGUCCACACAUCCCCCCAGGCCAUCCUCAUGUUCCCACAGGAUUGCCAGCUCCCUGGAACAGACCUGGAGAUCAACCCUACGCUGGAGUCCCUGUGUCUCAGCAUGACUGAGCACGCACUGGGCGAUGGCACCGACAAGACUUCCACCAUUUGAAAGAAGCUGCAUCUGCUGAUGUUCCUGAGAAGCUUUAGGGUGGCUGUUUAUUUUUUUUCCCCUUCCUCACUCCUUGUUGUUUUUGUUUUUUGUUAUAAGCCCCUCAUCUCCCAGGGGUGUGUUUGCUGUGGGGGUGGGCGAACCCCUUCCCCCACGAAACCACCUCCAGCAGUUCCCAGCCGCCGGAGGGGAGAUGGGGGGGAGAAAAAGCUGUCACUACAAUCUCACCGUCUUAUUGUGUUCUAAUAUUUUUUCCCCCUACUUUUUAUUAUUAUUAUAACUUCAGCUAUUGGUUUUUAAUACGUCAAUGUGCACAAGGGAGCAGGUGGGCAGGAGGCUCCUAGAAGUUUAACUGGCAGGAGGCGGAGGAGGCUGAAUUUGGGUCAUGUCGCCCCCUUCCCCUUUGGGGUUUUUCUCGUUUUCUCUUUUCCCUCAUCUCCCCCACCCCCCUCCGACCGCCUCUCCUCCUCCUUCUUCCUCCUCCUCCUCCUCCUUCCUCUCCUCUUCUUGAAACAGACCAGCCAAGGUGAUGAUGAGCAGGAAAGACUGGUCCUCUCCCGCUAUCUGGAUUUGGGGUGUUUUUGAUGCCUGCCCCAUCAGCAGCCAGGACACGGGAGGGGCAUCGUGGGGUUACCUGGGCGAGCUGGUUUCCGUCUGAGCUAACCCAGCCGACAGCUUUCCGUACCUGGCAUUGGAGGAGGAGGAGGAGGAGGAGGUGGAAGAGUCUUGGUGGAGAGGGAGGGAAGGCAUUGGUGCUGCAGGUGACUGACACAAUUUUUUUAAGUGCCUCUAAUACUCCCCCCACUUUACCGAGAGCAGGUGGAGAAGGGCAGGAUGCAGCGGGGGUUGGCACAGCCCCACACCUGAGUGCUCAGCAUGAACUUUGCAGGCCUGUCCCUGGUUCUUUUUAUACAUACAUACAUAUAAAUAUAUAUAUAGAUAUAUAAUUGAAACGAUGUCCGUAUGCUACCUCUUAGGGCGGCCUUCCCCGGACCCAAGUGCCCUCUCUCGGCGCGUUUCCCCCCCCGGCCGAUGCGAGUUGUCAUCCGAAACGGGUCGAGGGGCGCACUUGGUUGGGGAAGACGGUCUUUGGGGAACUGGGCAGGAGUAGCAGGUGGCAGUUGAGGAGAGACGUCUGGGCCACCCACCCGCCUCAUCACCACCCCUAGAUUGAGAGUGCUGUGGCCCUUUGGGCACUGGGGUUUUGAACUCCUUCGGCCGCCUUCUCUUGGGUGUGCAGAGCGUUGGUUGGUUGGUUGGGGAGCUGGGAGCCAGACCUAGUUGCGUUGAAGCAGUUCAAAUGGGUUUGGGGGAUCAGUCGGCAGUUUCGUGGUUUAGGAUCAAAGUUCUUUUCUCGGUUCAGCUGCUAUGGGUUCCUUGUGUCCGAUGCAAGGUGAAUUUUCUCAUCUCCCUCCGAUAAUUGCAAGGCGGGAGAAGGUCAGAAGGCUGGUGGAAGAGGAGGAGGAGGUGGAGAAGGAGCAGUUCUGUUGGCGGGUCUCGCAAGCUCGGCCGUUAAUUUUCCUAACAUUCUUCAAUGGUUUGGGGGUGCACAGUUGUCUGUCUGUCUUCCCUGAGUCGGGUGUAUGUGUGGGGGGGGGAGAUUGAGUGGGUCACAGCAAAAGCCAUGGUGGGUCCCUGACACCAAUGGGGGGACCACCGCCCCAGGUUCUGCGGCGGUUUUCUGGUGCUUACAAGUGACUGGUGGCACUCCUGGGUGCAGGCAGUUGGGUUCACGGUGCUAAUGAAUUUGCAGGAGCCAAGCAGAGAUCCUCCAUCCUCCCCCCGACCUGGGAGGCAAUUGGCGGCAGCAGCUGAGGGAUCCAAGAGAUCCCCGCCACCCCCCUCCGACAGGGUUGGGGAGCAGAAAGACCUUCCGGGCAGGAAUCCAAAUGGGACCAGAAGGCUUCUCCAUUUUAACUCCAGGCGGGUGGAGGGUUUCUCUGUGCUGGCAUUUACACAAACACUACAGGCGGGCAAACGGCUGUGUCGGGACCCUCUGGACUUCCAAACCUCCUGCCACCAGCCCUUUGGGUCAGCGUUCUGCAUCGGAACGGCUGCGGAACGGGGGUGGGGGUGGGCGUGAUUUUCGCCGCGUCUCUGCCGCCCUCAGAGGCGCUGAGACACUGGCUGUUCUUUUUUAAAAAUAAGAAAACGACUAAUGGGAGGCCCGGGCGAGACCUUUCUGUGCAGGUGGAGGGUGAAACGGACGUCCUAAGCGUUUUCAAGAUCCUCCAUCCACUCUUGGCGCUGAGAGGGAGGGGGGGUUCUUCCAAGGUGCAGGGUGCCUAAGGCAGCUUGCCAGGUUUGGGGGGGGGGUUGCAGGAGGGUCGCCUUGCUAGUUUCCCUUGCGCCCCGACUUUGUUUGUGCGUGUGCAUGCGAGUUGGGUGUGUGAGUGUGCCUUUCUUCCCCAGCCACUAUUUUUCGCAUGAUGGGCAAAAAACCAAACCCAACAACCCUUUCCCCGUUCCCCAAAAGCUGACCUUGGCAGGUUCUUAGGUACAGAGGACCUUUCAUCGUUCUCCUCUUCCUCUCCCCUCUCUCGCCCUCCAAGAACUGUUUUAAAUAUUGAAAAAAGGCCUUUCCCUCCCCCCCCAAAAAAAGUAUACCGAACAGUAGCAUACAGAAAAACCCAGAAGAGCAGACCUGAGAGAAUUAUUUCUUUAAAAAAAAACAAAAAAAAAUUAGAGAGACAAGGUUCCUGUUUCAGAUAGAAAUGUUAUUUUAGAUACAUUUUAUUAUGAAUAACUUUUGUUAUGACUAUGGCUGGUAACCAUGAAUACGUUAUUUAAAAAAAAAAACCACAAAAUGUUUUACAAAAAAAAAAAUCCAAAUUCUGACUUUAGAUUGCUUUGUUGGACUCCUUUACCGCUUUUUUCCCUUCUUCCAGUUUUUUGCUUUGUAAAAGGCAUACAGAAUUUAAGUAUUAGCCCUUUUUUAUUAACCUCUAUGAUAAAGCUGUGCUUAUUUUGUAUUAAUUUCUUUUAAAA